UGUGAGAGAAUAAAUUUCUGCUGUUCCGAGGCCCCCAGUUUGUGGUACUUUGUUCUGGUGACCCCAAGACACCAAUAUAGCAUUCUCUCCCUCUGCCCCCAGCCUGGACUUUCUCUUCCUUGACUGAAUGAAGGGAAAGGGCAUUUUAAGAUUGUCCCAGGUCAAAGGUCCCUUCCCUGAAAGCCUCCUCCGCCCACAGCUGUUCUUGUCCCCUAUGCCCUCCCUCCCACCAGGUGGCCACUGUGUGCCCUGGUUUUUGGGGCUGUAACUUUGCUACAACUCAGCUACAAACUUCUGGAGGGCAGCCCCUUCCUGCUUCCCGGGCAGGGGCCUGGGCCUGCACCCACUGGCCCAACAUAAAUGUUUAUUGCCCAGGACUGAUGUUUGCAGUGGGAGGCUGGAGCCAGGACGGUGGAGAUGGGAAAAUAACUGCAGCCUGCACGUUCAGGUCUAAACUCUGCGGCUUCUCUCCAGGCGUGGCCCUCUGACAGCCUGGGGUCUGGGUAGUGACUCCACCACCAUCCUGAGCUCCUCAGACAUGGGCCCAUGCCCGCUGUGCACACGUCAGGCCAGGGCAGCUCUGGGACCCAAACCCCAGGUCACGGCACAGGUCACAGCCCUGCCGGACCCGCUGGAGACCAAGCCUGGCCUCCUUGGCUUCCAGCGCUGCGAAGCCGCUUCCCCUCCGCUCUCCUUCCCCAGGACCCAUGGUUGGCCCUGAGCUGUCCCCGGGCUCCCCACCACCAACUCCUAGAGCGCCCCUUGGAGGAAAUGAGGGGUGGCCUGAGGUUCCCUGUCCCACAGCACCACCCAAGCUUCUCAUAGGCGGGGACGGUCCCUUCCACAUGAGGGCAGCUGAAACUCCCGGUUGUGCGGUUCUGUGCUUCCCUGGGCUUCCAGGACGCUGAGGUCACACCGGGUGGCGGCUGUGCCCACCGAGCAACCCCCCUGAAUCCCGCACAGUCAGCACAGCCAGGCCCAGGGCUCUAAGGGGUUAGGGAAAGGCCCCAGGGUGUGCCCUGGGUGUCAGUCCCCCUCCGGCCCUUAGCGGGACACUCCUCCCCAACGCCACGCUCCUUGAGAGUUAGCUGUCCUGCGCGGCGCGGCGCGGACAACACUUGGCUGGGGACGCGCAGACCUCGGCGUCCGGCCACCCGGGCCGCGCUGCAGGCCAGGGGCGGGCCCAUGGCGGCGCCGUCGGCCACUCCCCGGCGGCGACCUGGGCGGCGGCCAUACGCGCGGCCCAUGUCCUCUGCGCUGCCGCGCUCGCCCACCCCGCGGCCCCGCAGGAUGAAGAAGGACGAGUCGUUCCUGGGCAAGCUGAGCGGGACGCUGGCGAGGAAGAAGAAGGCCCGGGAGGUGAGUGACCUGCAGGAAGAAGGCAAAAAUGCCAUCAACUCGCCGAUGUCCCCUGCUUUGGUGAACACUCACCCCACAGACACCCAGCUAGAGGAGAAUGAGGAACGCACGAUGAUCGACCCCAACUCCAAAGAUGACCCUAAGUUCAAGGAGCUGGUCAAGGUGCUUCUGGACUGGAUCAACGAUGUGCUGGUGGAGGAGAGGAUCAUUGUGAAGCAGCUGGAGGAGGACCUAUACGAUGGCCAGGUGCUGCAGAAGCUCCUCGAAAAACUGGCAGGCUGCAAGCUGAACGUGGCCGAGGUGACACAAUCUGAAAUAGGCCAGAAGCAGAAGCUGCAGACGGUUCUGGAAGCCGUGCAUGACCUGCUGCGGCCCCACGGCUGGGUGCUGCGCUGGAACGUGGACUCAAUUCACGGGAAGAACCUGGUGGCCAUCCUGCACCUGCUGGUCUCUCUGGCCAUGCACUUCCGGGCCCCGAUCCGCCUUCCUGAGCAUGUGUCCGUGCAAGUGGUGGUUGUGCGGAAGCGAGAAGGCCUGCUGCAUUCCAGCCAUAUCUCAGAGGAGCUGACCACAACCACGGAGAUGAUGAUGGGACGGUUUGAGCGGGAUGCCUUCGACACGCUGUUCGACCACGCCCCAGAUAAGCUCAGCGUGGUGAAGAAGUCACUCAUCACCUUCGUGAACAAGCACCUGAACAAGCUGAAUUUGGAGGUGACGGAACUAGAGACCCAGUUUGCAGACGGCGUGUACCUGGUCUUGCUCAUGGGCCUGCUGGAAGACUACUUCGUGCCCCUGCACCACUUCUUCCUGACCCCGGACAGCUUUGAUCAGAAGGUCCACAAUGUGUCCUUUGCCUUUGAGCUGAUGCUGGAUGGAGGCCUCAAGAAGCCCAAAGCUCGCCCUGAAGAUGUGGUGAAUUUGGACCUCAAAUCCACCCUGAGGGUUCUUUACAACCUGUUCACCAAGUACAAGAACGUCGAGUGAUGGGGAGACAGCAGUGGGGACAGUCUCCCAGCAAGAGAAGCAGCACCCAUCUGUGCCCUGUGCCCUCCCAGGGAGGCACCCCAGGCUUCUAGUCCAGGCCGCGUGAUUGCCACCCCACUCUGCCUUUCCUUGGUUAAUUUCCUUUGUCCCCCUUGUUUGUUGUUCCUCUCCUCUCUGGGCACUUACAGCAGGCGAGGCCUCUGAGACUCAGGGCUCCAAACACCAGUGCUCGUGUUUGAGGCCUCACCUAGCCUCCUUCCAUGAUGCUGAGUCAGGUCUUGUCUGCCUCGACCAGAAGAUGAAAAGGAAAAAUGCCCAAAUCCCAACCCUCCGCCAAUUGAGGGCCACCCUGUGUUCCGUCUGACAGAGCAGUUGGCCAUCACAGGUGCCCAGAAACACACCAGCAGCUUCACAGGAUGACCCUGCUCCCCGGCGACCCCAGCCGCUCUCGGAGAGUCUCCUGGGCUGGGCUUUGCUUGGCGGCAAGGCCUUUUUAGUAAAAGAGUUUUCUAGUUUAAAGAACGUUACGGUCCCAGAAGCUUUAGGUGUGAUGUGAGCAUCCCCCACACACUCACAUUGCCCCUCCUCCUUGGCCACUCAAUGUUGUUUUAAUUUGGCUUUUGCACAAAGAACAAGACCCGGGACAGCCCAGCUGCCAUAGUCCAGGAAAGAACAGAGGGCCUGUCUUUGUUUCUCGCUCGGCUGAGGGGACUGGGUGUGGUGUUGGCUCUGAACGUGCUACUCGAGACAGCUGAUGCCAGAGCCUGCCAUCUCAGAGGCCCUGCUCGGGGUUGGGUGCAUUUUUAGAAACUUAAGAAAGUGGCUGCAUGAGUUCGCUUCGGCUGCCGUGACAGAGUGCUACAGACCCAACAGUUCGGUCCUAGAGGCGGGAAGGCCGAGAUCAAGGUGUCGGCUGGGCUGGCUGCAUCUGGGGCCUGUCUCCAUGGCUUGCAGACGGCCACCUUCUCCUGUGUCCUCACGGUCACCCCUCUGUGUGUGCCUGUGUCCUAGUCGCCUCCGUACGAGGACACAGCCCUGUUGGGUGAGGGCUCACACUAAUGACUCGUUUAAACAUAAUGACCUCUGUAAAGGCCCCAGCUCCAAAUGCAGUCACAUUGUGGGAGCCUCAGCAUGUAAAUGGGGGGGCACGUAUAAGGUGUUCAUCUCACUCUUCCUGGGGCCCUGAUGGCAUCUCCCUUUAAGGCACCCUAUUAAAGGAAAUGCUGGUCACUAGUUUAUGGGCUGUUCACUCUUCUCUUCCCUGGGCUCUGGAGAGAAAUGAGGAUCCCACCAGCUGCACGUUCUGGGCUGGCUUCCGGGUCUUGGGUUCUACACCAUAGCAAACUCCACUGCAGCCUGACUCUGGCUUGGGUUGACGACCCACCAACUGCCUGGGUCACCUACUGCAAAGGGACCUCCUUCCCUGAGAUGGGGCCCUUUCUAAUCUUCCAGAUUUUCACCUUCUUGCUGUAGAUCAGAGGGGUUUUUUUUUUCUUAUUGUAUUUGAGACAGAGUCUCACUCUACUGCCCCAGGCUGGAGUGCAUUGGAGCAACCUCAAAUUCCUGGGUUCAAGCUAUCCUCCUGCCUCAGCCUCCUGAGUAGCAGGGACUAUAGGCAUCCACCACAAUGCCUGGCUAAUUUUUUCUAUUUUUUUAGUAGAGACAGGGUCUCACUCUUGCUCAGGUUGGUCUUGAACUCCUGAGCUUAAGGCAUCCUCCCGUUUUGACCUAGAGUGCUAGGAUUAUAGGCAUGAGCCACCAUGCCCCAGCCUGAUCAGAGCUUUUGAAUAAGUUGUUAAUAUUAAAUUGAGUGCCAACACUAAAGUUUCAGAAAACAGUUUAAUAUACUCCCUCAGUUCUGGUUGUUGCCAGGCUGGGGAUGGGUUCAGAAUAGCCGUUUUGAUGGAGGUGGUUUCCCAGCAGGAGAAAGAAAUAAUUAAAACAGCAUUACAGCAUCUCCUGCGGGAUGCAGUGACAUUAAAGAGCCACACUGACAGAAUAUCCGGGACUGGAACGUUCCGUGCUGCCUGCAUUACAGGCACAGAAUCACAGUAACCUUGAGCUGGAGAAGUCGGAUCUGCCCUGCCUUGUUCACAGGUGGGCUUGGUGAGGGUCCCCCCAUCCCUGGGGUGCCAGGAUUUGAAACAAACACAGCCCCAGAUUCACUGCCAAAAUGGGCAGUUCCCACCCGUUCCAUGCCAUUGAAGGGGAGGAGAAGGUUACCACGAGGGUAGGGGUGGGGGUUGGCACUUCAGGUUCUCGGGUGGUCUUAGCCCCAUCCACCAGCUCCAGCCCAGCCUUGUGCCUGCACCACGCUCUUCUGUGUUUCAAAUAGAACAAUGAAAGGAAUAAUCAAUCUGUGGGAUUAUUAAGCCCCAAUGGGACCCACUGGGGAUGGAGGACUGACCCACAGCAGAGUAUGCACAGGCACUCCUGCUUCACAGCAGGGACUGUUGAAGGCCACGACUCCAGCAGAGGAUGUGAUCUCUUGUAUUACAGAGAAGUGAUCUUGCCCUGUGGCCCAGGCUGGAGUGCAGCGGCAUGAUCACAGCUCACUGCAGCCUUCAACUCCUAGGCUCAAGUGAGCCUCCCAAGUAGCUGAGACUACCGGUGCCUGAUUUGGAUGUGAUCUUUUGUCCAAAUUCUUUUCAAAUUGGUUCGGAGAUGUGAGGGUGCCUUUUGCACGCCUGUGAAAGUCCUCAUGGGCUGGACAUGUCUCAUUCUUGCCCCUCCUCGGUCUGUUUGAAGCCAAACUCACAGCAUGGUCGGGACGGAUGCAUCCAGGGCCAGUGCCAAGGCAGUUCAGGGGCUGCUCUGCUGUGAGUCACUCCUUUUUUCUUCCCUUGGGGUCAGUCCUCCAUCUCCAGUGGGUUGGGGAGGAUGACUGACAGGAUCUGAGGCUCAGAGUGUGAGCUGCUCCUGACACAAAGCCCUUGGUGCUUAGUUCAGGGAAGUUCUGGACCCUUCCUCCUUACCCUACACCACUUUUCAGUGAAUUGUUCUUCUCUGGAGAGGGGCCCUGGUGCCUGGGAGCUAAGGAAAGGCAAGGUCCUUUGUGUCUGGCCCAGGUGUCUUGAUACACAUGUAGGUGUCCGUGUGUGUAACACAGCAAGGGAGGAAAUGCGGUAGUUAAUCAUUAUAGUCCUCUACCAGAGAGUCAGGAGCCCCGUGAGGGCCAGCAGCCAUGGCAGCAGGAAGUCGACAAGGCCCGAGCGGACGGUUAGGCAAGGGCCGUGGAGUACAUGCCCUUUGUCCUUCUCUGUGUGACAUGCUCUGGAUCCACCCAGUGGCUUUGGGGAAUCCUCUUUCAGCUUUGCUUUCCCUUGACAGUAUUUUGCAAGUGCAGAAGCCAGAGCCCAGUGGAAGUCACGAAGAACAGUUUUGUAUUACAGCAGCUGAACCCUUCCCCUUCCCAGUUUGUAUACUGAUAGUUUACUCUUUUUUAAUUGUUUUAAGCAGUGUUUCCUUUGGCUUUCUGGAUAGUAAAUAAAAGCCACUAAAACCCUGUCUGUGCUGUUGGCCGGGCCGACCCAGCCCACUGCAGGAAGCAAGUGCUUCUUCUGAGCACGCUGCCUGAGGCCAGCUUCCUAAGCAGGAGUGGUGGUUAGAAGAUGUGGCCUGUGUCAUGAUGAGCUGUUAUUUAUUCCAAUAAAGAACUCGUGAG